AAGAUCGUGAGUUUAGACAUUCAAAUAGAUGGAAUAUCUUAUAAGGGUGUGUUUUCGGCAUAGGGAUUGAUACAGUAUCGGGAUCUUAUCGGAUUGCCCCGCUAAAACAUUCCCUAAAACCAUCCCACUUAGUGGGGUAUCUAUACGCCAUCUCGUGCCUAACCUGCUAACUUACCAACCCUUAUACCUUGACUUAUACUAGAAAAUCACAAAACUGAAUCAAACAUGGCUGACGCAGAACUAGAACAGAUUCGCAAAGCGCGCCUGGAGCAGCUGAAAGCGCAAGGCGGCGGGGCAGGCAGCCCUGGAGGUGCAGGUCAAGGGAAUCAAGCGGAACAGCAGAAGCAACAAGAUACCGAAGCCCGCCAGUCCAUCUUGAACCAGAUCCUACACCCAGAGGCAGCCGACCGCCUAGGCCGAAUCCGACUUGUCAAAGAGGAGCGCGCCACCGACGUCGAAAACCGACUCAUCAUGCUGGCGCGAACCGGUCAACUGCGACAGAAAGUCACCGAAGCCCAGCUCAAAGAGCUCCUAAACGCCGUCGCCGAUAAUAAAGAGGAAGAGAAGAUUGUUGUUAACAGGCGCAAGAACUGGGAUGAUGAGGAUGAUGAUUUGCUGGACCUAUGAUUACGGCAGCAAUGGUUCCCGGGGUGAAGGCGUACCGAGACAAUAAAAUAUAUCCAGGAUAGGAAGAGAGAGGAUGGCACAAUACGAUAGGUAGCGGUGCGACUAGCAUGGCAUGGCGUUAUGGACACAAAAUUACCUUUUGAUGGAUGUUCUAUACGGUUUCUGGUACAAUAGUAUACAGAUUCUAAUAACACGA